GAGGCAGCCUGGAUUUCCCACAACCUGUGUCAGCCCGUCACCACCACGCCAAGACGCAACAACAUGUUCUACCUUGUAGUUAUUUCUAGCAGAGUUGUCAAUGUUAUUGUUGGACGUGGUCGGAAUGGGAAUGGGUUGCCAUAGAUCUGAAGCAAUAUAUAUAUAUAAAAGCUUCAAGGGCAACCUACUACUGCACUUCACUGUCCUCAAUCUCAGCAAGGAUGGGAUCAUGGAAGCUUGUUUCCCUGGUUCUUCUCUUCCUUUCUUGCUCCGCAGUUCUUUCGUCGGCCGAUUCGGGGAAAUCCUCCACCGGUUUCUCAUUCAAGGACAGCUUCAAGAUAAUGCCUGCGCAGGAUCAUUUCAGGACUUCUCCCGAUGGGCAGAUCUGGUACCUCUACUUGGACAAGAAAGCAGCGAAGGUGGUGGUUUUCAGACGCGAGAUAGAUACCUGUUUGGGUGGUUCAGCAUGAAGAUGAAGCUCGUCGGCGGUGACUCAGCCGGCGUCGUCACGGCGUACUAUAUGUGCUCCGACCUUGGAGCAGGGCCGAAGAGAGACGAGUUGGACUUCGAGUUCUUGGGGAACAGGACAGGGCAGCCUUACACGAUCCAGACCAAUGUGUACCAAAGUGGGAUCGGAGGAAGGGAGAUGAGGCACAGUCUGUGGUUCGAUCCCACAGCAGAUUUCCACACUUAUUCCAUUCUCUGGAACAGACAUCGGAUCGUGUUCUACGCGGACAGGGUGCCGAUAAGGGUGUACAAGAACAACGGGAGGAAGAACGACUUCUUCCCGACCGAGAAGCCGAUGUACAUGUUCUCGAGCAUCUGGGACGGCGACGACUGGGCCACGAGGGGCGGGCUGGAGAAGACGAACUGGAAGAAGGCGCCGUUCGUGUCGUCGUACAAGGACUUCAACGUGGACGGGUGCCGGUGGGAGGAGCCGUUCCCGGCGUGCGUCGCCUCCACAGGGGAGCACUGGUGGGACCAGUCUGAGGCGUGGGUGCUCGCCGACACUCAGCAGGAGGACUUCUCGUGGGUGGGAAGGAACCUCGUCGUGUACGACUACUGCAAGGAUACGGAGAGGUACCCGGAAUUGCCGGAGGAAUGCAACUUGUAGAGGAAGGAAGGAGAAGAAGGACGACAACAAGAAAAAAUAUUGAACUUUGAAGUGUACGAUUUUGGCGGCGCAAUAGAUCGUAAAUUGUAUGUUGUUGUGGGGAAUAUCGAAUUCUGUGAUACAUAUUGUGUUUGUGAUAGAUAUUGUGUUGGAUCAUGAAGAUAAUUUAUUUUGAA